AGGGAGCGAAAAGAACAAAAAUACGAUUUGCGCGUUUGCGUUGCACAACGACGCACGUCUCCCCCCCGUACGCCACAGCUCCCGCUACCGACCUCGUCAUUUACUCUAAGAUCGAUCUGUAAAAGAUGGGUCGUGGUACCGGAAAGCCUUUGGCAAUGCUCGAAGCGGCGCUGGACGCGGCUAGAGAAAAGCCGGGAACUUCUGCUUCUAUCGCUGCAGCCGUCAGCGUUCUAGCAACCGUGAUGCUGCUGUCGAGAAACAAGCCCAAGCGCGACGGACUUGACUACGAGGGAAUUGCAGGCGUCACGCACAUGCUCAACAACACCGACUCCGUGCUGAAGAAGGAUGAUGUCAAGCAGUCCAUCGUCGAUUAUGAAGAGCUUUUUGAGGGCGCUAGAACAGAGCACGGAGCUAUCACAACGGAAAAAAGCAUCAAGAGGCGCCAAACAGAGUACCAAAAAAUGGUCAACAGUUUCUACAAUCUCGUGACCGACUUCUACGAGUAUGGAUGGGGACAGUCUUUCCACUUCGCUCCACGUCGGAAGAACGAGUCUUUCCGCGAGUCUAUCAGGCGUGCAGAGUAUGUGCUGGCCAGUCGUAUCGAGGUGCGACCAGGAAGCAAGGUUCUGGACGUCGGUUGCGGCGUUGGAGGGCCGAUGCGGAACAUCGCCGUCUUCGGAGAUUGCGCAGUACAGGGCAUCACGAUCAACCAGUACCAGGUGAACGUGGGAAACAAGUACAACCGCGAAGCGGGCUUGUCGGACAGCUGCUCCUCUCGCCAAGGGGAUUUUCAAAGUCUCCCCUUCGAAGAUGCUGAGUUCGAUGCGGCGUACCAGAUAGAGGCAACGUGCCAUUCCCCGGACAAGGUCCAAGUCUUCCGGGAGGUGUGCCGUGUCCUGAAGCCUGGGUGCAUGUUCGGCGGUUACGAGUGGGUCGUGACGGACAAGUAUGAGCCCGAUAACGAGGCGCAUGUAACACUGAAGGAAGGCAUCGAGGUAGGGAACGGGCUGCCCACGCUAGCCACGCCGGCCAUCAUUAAGGCGAACCUCGAAGAAGCUGGGUUUGAGGUAGUGUACGCCUACGAUGCUAACGAGCAUACCCACUCGGAAUCGGAGGUUCCUUGGUACCAGCCUCUGUGUGGGAGCUUCUGGAGCAUCUCAGGAUUCCGUCAGACACACCUUGGCCGUGUCUGCACGCACGGGCUUGUGUGCACCAUGGAAAUGUUGCGUAUCGCUCCCAAGGGUUCCGCCCAGGUGUCAACGCUUCUAAACAAAACAGCGAUCGACCUCGUCAAGUCCGGACAGCUCGAGAUCUUUACCCCCAGCUACUUCUUUGCGGCCCGCAAAAAGUGAUACACCCCUUGUGGGGGUCGGUAAUUGAUUCGGCGUUAGUAGGGAGUUCGGGGUUUCCUGAGCCCCCCGCGUGGAUGGAAGACUUUUCUGACCCAAGGGAUGACUCCCUCUAGUUUUUACACGAAAUAUCCAUUGGGUUGUGACGAGCAAUUUUGAGAUAGUGAACUCUGGCUGUGUAUGUAGAGAGGUGAACGGCCGCGUUGGUCCAGUCAGUCAUAGUUGUAUGUGUAUUUCAACGUACGGUGUCGAUGAAAAUCUGUCGAAGGUCGCUGCACGUGGGCUCAUGUCGACCCUUCUAGCAUAGGACAGUCAAGCACACGAGGUAAACUUUUGUUUAUGAACAUGUACCUGGUAAAUGGUACUGGUAUGGGCCAUAACCGCACGAAUGCUGCAGCUAUCGGGCCGCUCUUGGGAAGACGUUUUACUUUCGGGGUCGUUGCAGCAAGAUCGGUCGCGCGUACUCCUCUGGUUUCCUUGAGAACGCCCAGAGCCGCGCAUUAGGUUCUUGUGUUGAACAGGACAACACCUGGUAGUUCUCACGGGUAGGGGGUGACCUUCAUCCGAACAACCAACACCACCCUGUGGCGAUGAGUGAAUGCAGUGGGUGUUGUUCUCUUGUUGUUCUCUUGUGC